AUGGCAAGAACUUUGUUUACAAAUCAUAAAGUGGUAAGAACUUUCUUUUCGCAGCUUAAAAUGGCAAGAACUUUCCUUCCAAAUUUGUAAAUUAAAAUUAGUGUUGCAAGAAGUUUGGGCCGCCGUUCGAAACCUUCUGGCACAUUUCCAAGAACGAAUUUACGUAUUUCCUUUUCUCCUCAUUCACCCCCCUCCCCUUUCGCUUCGUACAUUCCUGUGCCGGCAUCGCUCGAAGACAAGUUAUUUUUUUAAAAUUAUUUUUCUCGAGUUCAGUCAACAAUUAAGUAACACUUUCUUUGGCUUCUUUUCAACUUGGCUGGAGUAAAAUACGAGCAGGCAUCUUGAAGAUUACAACAAUCGUUAUACAGGAGCUUCUUUAGUUAGUGAGAGGGGAGGGGUACGCGGCGGGGGGGGCUAAGACUAAGGCUAAGGCUAAGACUAAGGCUAAGGCUAAACCUCAGGCUCAAGUUCAGGUUCGAGUUCAAGCUCAGGCUCAAGCUCAGGCUCUGGCUCAAGCUCAAGUACAGGUUCGAGUUCAAGCUCAGGCUCAAGCUCAGGCUCUGGCUUAA